CUUUCUGUGUGAGCGAGAGAGAGGCUCAGGGCUGCACUCCUCCAAGGGCUUCUCGUACUCUCUUUAUUCACACACGCGCAUCCCGUGCAUCCAGACAGGGAGCUUUCACCGUCCCAGACACACCGUCUGCUGUGACUUCUGUCUGGGAGAGCUGGACGGAGAGCUGGGAUUUUACCCAGGAUCCUUCCGUGAUUUGCAACAGCAUGCACCCGCCGAGCCAGACUUCAUCCCAAGGUUGAGCGGAGCGCUGCAGCAGGCGACGAGGGAGGAAUGGAUCACAGAGAGAGCAGGACGUGGAACUGAGGGCUCGCGUUGUGCAUUUGUGUCGUCGGAGGAUGCUUUGGGCAUCACUGCAGGACGUUUAAGAGUACGGCGGAUGAUAGUGGAUAGAUUUUGCAUGCUGUCGGAGAGGGCUGUGAUUCAGAGACAUGAGGCCUUUUCUGAAGAACACCCUUGAAUAUUUCCCUCACUGAGGAUGUGCAACGAUUUCUGCCUGGCACAACCGCAUCUGAGGUCACUUCUUCUAUAGACCCUCUAUUAUAACUCAGGGUUGACUUUCAAAACUCGUAAGUGUCUGUGUACUUCGCUGGAUUUGAGACCAAUCUUGCUUUACUGUGUCUGGAGUGCAAAACUGCUGAAACAUCGCCCUCCAUGGUUUCUGCCCAUUUCAAAAAGCUAUCGUCUUACAUUGUAAAGAUUUGCAAAGGAAUGUUUACAAAGAAACUGGCAAAUACCACAAAGAAGAAAGAGAGUAGCGAAAACAAAAAAGAACCCAAAACGUCCCCUGACUUGCAUGCACGGAACCCGACGUUCUCAACCACACUGAAAAGCACAGUUAAAAAGAUCUCCAAAUGCUCGUCGGCACGCAAUAUAUCCCUUGAGGAGGAUGACGGAAAAAACGAUUGUUCUUCUCUCUCACCAACUUUUAGUUACCGUGUAGCAAUUGCCAAUGGACUUCCAAAAAAUGCCCUCUUUCUGAACAAUAAUGAGUUUCAUGAGGUCUUGUCAAUUGAUAGCUAUUACUCCGACUCUCUAAACGAGGCAAAACUUGUCCAUAGAUUUGAUGAACAGAAAGCUUAUACAAUGCCAGUAAGACGGAACAGGAAGAGUUUGAUUAGUUUAGCGCCCUCCGAUGGCAGCUCGGAGGGGGAGCGGGGAGAGCGCAGCAGUCUCCACACCCUUCGAUUGGGCGCUCUGAAAAAACUGAGGAAAUGGAAGAAGAGCCAAGAAUGUGUGUCCUCGGAUUCGGAGGCCAGCAACUGGAGAAAGACUCUUGGCAUCAGAAGCAAAUCUCUGGACCGAGCUGGCCGACACCAGAAAACCACUACCCUGGAGCCGGGAUCCAGCUCGACGGGAUGCAUCAGUCAGACUCAGGACGUGAUGGAGAUGAUCUUCAAAGAACUUCAGGGAAUCAGUCAGAUCGAGUCCGAGCUCUCAGAACUGCGAGGGCACGUAAACGCCCUCAAAAGCUCCAUCGAUGAGAUCUCCAGCAGCGUGGAGGUGGUGCAGAGCGAAAUCGAGCAGCUCCGUUCGGGUUUUGUGCAGUCCAGACGCGAAACUCGAGACAUCCACGAUUACAUCAGAGAGAUUAACCAACAGACCAACAAAGCAACUCUGAGAUUUCUAAAUGUGCCUGAGGAGAAGUACGAAAAAACAGAAGACCUUAUCUUUCAGAUCCUAAAAGAGAAAAUGGGCUUCACUGAAGCACGCAAGACAUUUAAAAUUGAACUGGCGCAUCGACUAGGCCAACAACGAGAAUGUUACAAUGCUAAACCUCGACCAAUAGUAGUUAUAUUUUCAAGCCGCCAAGACAGGGAUUUAGUUUUGAAGAAGUGUUAUAAGCUAAAAGGGACUGGGAUAUCCAUUUCGACAGAUAGUCUAGCACAAGAUUCGAAAGAAAAGAGAGACAAGCCAAUGGCUUCCUCUCAGACGUACGAAAGCAUGGACAUCAAGGUCUCAGCCAAAGACAAAGCAGAAAGUGAUGACUGGGACUCCAUGGAAAGCGACAAAGAGCUUGAUGAAUUGAACAAGAACAAAUAUGCAAUUGUGUCCAAACCACCUCCGAAAAGUAAAUCAGACAAGAAAAAGUCUCACAAUCACCGAAGGAUGGCCGAUGAUGCUGCGUACUCUGUGCACUAUGCCGAUAGCACAGCCUACGAUGACCACGACAAGCAAAGCAAGUCCUACUAUUCCGACUUAACACCUGGAUGGCUGUCUCAGAGCGACUAUUCCACUCCUAAACUUAGCCGAUCUGAAUCAGACUGCUCCAAACUUUGCCAGUCUUACUCCGAGGACUUCUCAGAGAGUCAGUAUUUCAGCAGAGUCAACGGCUGCUCCUUGCUCUCCUCCUCAGAUCAGGAACUUUGGCAACGGAAGCAAGAAGACAUGGCGUCCUCCUGGUACGCCAGUCCCCCAAGUCAAACUCUGAGCCAGGAACGACCUUAUGCAGAACACAAUGAAGUUGAAACCACAGAAACUAUUGACAGUGGUGUAAGUAAUGGUCUUGUUUGUAUAUCAGGGGACAGGAGCCAUUACAGCGGCUCUCAGCUGUCACUGCAGGGUGACCUUUCACCAUGGAAAGACUGGCAUCACCUUGAACAAGGUGCUGAUUCAGGUUUGGAUGCCUCCACUGAACAGAACAUAAUCUCUGAAAUCAGUAGCCCAUUUGACCCUGCAGCCAACCCUGGUUUCCCUGAGAAAAUAACUAAAUGCCUUGAGGUUGAUUUGCAAUUUGAAGGUGAGACCUUUUUGACACUAGAUAGCACUCCAGAGACGGGCCAAGAUGAAGAUAUAGAUAUAGAACCUGAAUUUUUAGAACCUGAGCCAGAACCAGAACAAAUGCCACAGCCAGAACCAGAACCAGGACUGGAGCCAGAACCAGAGCCAGAGGCUGUGAUUGAACCCAUACCAGAACCAGUACUUAAACCUGCAGAGGAACCGCAACCUGAAAAGAAGCCCAAGACCAAGAAGAUCCAAGCUAAGCCUGAAUCAGCUCCGCAAACUUUGCAGCGACAGGAUGUGAACCGCCUCCAGCAGAACCAGAAAUCUUCCUCCAUGUACCGGAGCCAGAGUGAGAUCAGAAGUGAGAAAGUGGAGGAAGUCCCCAAAUCCUGGAGUAGCCGGCUCAGCAUAGACCUCAGCGAAAAAACUUUCAGCUUUGGAGGAUUUGGAUCCACCCUGCAAAGAGCAAAGUCAGCUUUGGAUUUUGUGUGGAAUAAAGGCUCCCAAAGCACUAGUGCUCCAGUUGAAGAACCGAGCAACACCUCAUUCAUGGGUAGGUUCAGGACCAUGUCCCAGUCCACAGCGAACAGCUCCAGCACAACCAUUGACUCAGAUGUCUACACAGAACCUUUCUAUUACAAGGCAGAAGAGGACGAACAACCUGCUGAACAACCUGUGGACAAUGAGACACAUUAUGUUGAGGUGAUGGAACAAGUCCUAGCCAAUCUGGAAAACAGAACAAACGCAAAUGAGGCUGAUGAACAGAACCAAGAUGAGGAAUACGAUGUCUCACAAGAGUAUGACAUCUCACAAGAGGGUAACCUCGUGCUGGAAUAUGACUGCAGCCUUGAUGAGCAAUAUGAUGAGGAAUACAGUGAGGAGUAUGACGACAAUCCCAUGACCGAAGACACAGCGGAGUAUGAGUUGAGUUUGGUGGAUUAUGUGGAAGAAACCGAGGAACCGGAAGCAGAGGCCAAGGAACAGGAGGAGAGUAAGAAGGAGGUGCAGGAAGAUCAAGAAAUAUCAGAAACGAAGGGAGCAGAUGAGGUUAAAGAGACUGUAGAACAAGAGGAUGAGAACAAAAAUGUUACAGAGGUUCCUGUGCAAGAAGCACCACCCAAAAGAAGGAUGCGUCCCACCUUUAAAGAGGCGGCGCUGAGAGCUUACCGGAAGCAGAUGGCUGAGCUGGAACAGCAGAUCCUGGCAGGAGACAGCACUGAUCUGGACACCGAGGGCUGUGCCAACAUCCUGGACCCAGCCAAACUGGGGCUGAGCGGCGGAGGGGUUGGCAGUAUACUUUACGGCAUUGACAGCAUGCCAGAUUUACGUCGCAAGAGGACCAUGCCUAUUGUCCGAGACCUGGCUUUGACAUUGGCUGCUCGAAAGGCAGGCAUUGCAUUUGGGCUGGUGAACAGAACAACUCUGAACAACGAGGAGCUGGUGAGUUUUAAACACACGCACAGCGCUUUCACCAUAUAGACUCAUGCAUAAAUC